AACAUGGCGUGUGUAUACAAAACGUAACAUGAUGUGGCAUUCCACAUCGAUUUCGAUAUUUUAGUUUAGUAGCUUUUUAGUUUUAAUUUUGAAACGGGUGACGCGUGAAAGGCUACUCGUAAAAUGUGAGCUUAAUAUCAAUUAGUGGAAAAGGGCGCAGCGUUCCGCGAUCGGCGACGACACAGUACAAAGUUCCGAACGGUCUCUAUGACAUUUCCCGCCUAGAAGGGUCGCGACCGUCUCGACACCAUGGAGCAGACGUCCACCUCGCUGGAGGACCUCGAGGAGCUCGCGCAGUGCUCGUGCUGCAAGCGCGUGUUCGACGAGACCGACAGGCCGCCCAAGAUCCUGUCGUGCAAGCACUACUUCUGCCUGCCGUGCACCCGCAGCGUGCUGGAGGCGGGCGCCGACGUGCGCUGCGUGCACUGCUGGAAGCGCACCGAGCUGCCCGCGGGCCGCGCCGACGCGCUGCCCACGCACGGCGCCGUGCUGGCCCUCGCGCGGCGCCUGGCGCCCGACCCGCCGUGCGCCGCGCACGCGCUGCCCGCGCUGUGGUGCGGCGUGUGCGGCGCGCGCGCCUGCCGCGCCUGCCCGCACGCGCACCCCGCGCACGCGCUGCGCCCCGCGCGCGAGGCGCGCCGCCUGCUGCAGCGCGAGGCGCGCCUGCUCACCGAGGACUUGCAGCGGCUCGCCGGGCGCCAGCGCGACUUCCUGCUGCGCGCGCUCGACGCCGCGACGGCGCUCAAGGUGCGCCUCGAGACCGAGCUCGCUCUGCCGGCGCUCGCGGCCCCGUUCGAGCGAUCCGCCGACGCCGAGAACUGUUCCCUGGCGGUCGCGACGGCCGAGCGGGAGCAGCUGCGGGCGCGCCACGCCGACGCUCUGUUGCAGUGCCGCUUGGACGAUUUGAUCCGCAACGCGAACGUUCCGCUCGAUUUCGAACUGCUGCGUCGCGCGCUCUCCGGCGCGAGCUCGAGCGAGAUGUCUUCGCCGCUGUCCGACGAGCGCCGCGAUCCGGUGCUGUUCCUGGCUAAUUAUUGCAUGGCGCAACUGUACACCCGGCACUGCCUCGUGCGGUCCGUUCACCCGCUCGACGUCAUCGACUGCGUGAGCGCACUAGAAGCGGACGCGGCCUCGGAGGCGGCAUCCCCUGCGCCUCCGACGGCCGCACUAGGCUCGCCCGCGCUACGCAACCCGUCCACGUACCCUUUGUUUUACUUUAACCUGGAGGUGAACGGCGCCCCGUUCGGCCGCGUGCUGGUGGAGGUUCGCGACGACGUGGCGCCUCGCAUGGCGCGCAACUUUGCCGUGCUGACGAUGGGCGACCUCGGUAUAGGGUAUCGCGGCUGCUCAGUGUUUCAGUGCUGGGAGAACGAGAGCGUGAUAACGGGCGAUUUCGAAUUGAACAGUGGCCGCGGCGGGCGCUCUGUUUUCGAAGAAAACUUUUUCAUGCCGGAUGACACUAAGAUGAUAGCCGUCCGCGGCUCGGUAGGCAUGCGCCGCUCUCAGAAACGUCACGACAAUUUAGGUUUAGUCGGUUCGCAAUUUCGAAUUAUAUUACGUGAGAUGCGUGGAUUUACGGCCAUUUUUGCGUAUGUCGUGGAAGGACUCGAUUUGGUCGACCGGCUGAGCCAAAUGGGCGACAGCGCCGGCAAGCCUCACAGCUCCAUAAUCAUAGCCAGUUGCGGUAAAAUCAACUGAAUGCUCACGGUUUUCUAUCGCUCCAUUUCAGGGCAUAAUUUUUCCCAUCGACACGAAUCUCUUCUCAUCGCGGAACCUUAUUUUAAUCUCAAAUCGUUGGACCAACCCUGUCGUUUUGUCUACAAAUUUUAUUGGUACUGAACUAUUUUUUAUAACUUGAGAAAAUUUUCAAGUAUUUACACGGUGUAAUCGAAGUUCGUCGGCUUGAGCUUAUUAAGUUUCGUUCGCAUAAUAUCGAUGUUAAUAAUAUUUAAGGUAGCAAGUUGUAGUGCGUCGCGGCGGCGUCGCGUCGGGCGCGUCGCGCGAGCGUGGCGCGUGGCGUGGUGAUAUCGUAUCGUAUGGUCAGUACCGGGUAACAGGGAUACGCGCGGUAGCCGGCCCGCGGCGCCGGUUACUCGUCUCGUUUCGUCCUAGCAAUAAGUGUAGGUUAGAUCGGCAACGCUUUGUUAUACUCGUCUGAUUAGAGUUAACUAGGCCUAUUUAGGUAUUAUUGUUAUGUUCGAUAAAUUCUAUUAUUUCUUCUAUCGCGUUCGCAAUUAGACGAUAAGGAAAACGCAUUAUAUUUUGAUCAUACUGUGUGUUGAUAAAUGUUAAAUGUUAUAGAGAAUUUAUCCUUAUUGUUAGGAAAAUAUAUUUCAGAGCUAUCGAAGCGACUGACGGUCGUAUCGUAAACUAAAUCGAUCGUUAUAUCGUCGUCUAGAAUAGAUUUAUAUUUACAAACAAGCGUUACCUCUCGAAGAACGUAUUGUAUUUACGGGAAGAUUUACUUGGAUAGAUUAUGAUUUGUGAAUGAUUAAGACUGUGAUGAUAUCGGUAGGGUGUGGGGAAGUCGCGGAGACACCGAGUGUCUCUGAAUGGUCAGUGCCUGCAUAUAGAUUGAUAUAUAAAUAUUUACUACUUAUCGUUGUACCUUCGUCCUAUUCGCGUGCAUGCAGCCCUCGCAAUCGGUAUCUAAGGGCUGCCGUGGACUUGCGGUUAUUAGAACCGAGCGCUUAUCUCGAUUAGGAAAUAAUUUCGCAAUAUUUAUUUUUGUAAACCAAAGUUGUAUGGGACGCCACUGUCAAACCGUCCCCGAAGUAUUUUGAAAUGUAUUACUUGUGCAUAGUGAAUAUUUUUUCGCAUAUAGUUCAUGUGAUCGUAGUGAUACUAUCUGUUGUUUCGCCUGUGCGCAUGGAUAUUGUUAAAUAUGUAUAUGCGAACAGAAACUGAAUUCGUGAUAAAUAAAUAAAUAUAUGGAGCAAGGA